GACAAACCCCGACUCGAACAUCAUCUGGACCACCGUCUAAAUUUAAAGUCGCUUUAUUCGACUAUCAGUAAGUAGCACGUAGAUAAAUAGAAAUGGCGGAGUUUCUGGAUCCUCAGCUUCGUCUUUUGACGUCCCUCAAUUUCACACCGCGAGGGAGGCGCAAUAUCACAACUUUCUUGCGAACGAACGAUUACGUAAUUGACGAAGAAUCAACCAAAGCAUUGUUAUUCUUGAACUGGAUCUCUCGAUCCUUCGUCCGUGACGCUGGUGGUGACUCUAACUGUGAUCAAGUAUCAGUCGCCGCAUCUCUUACAAUGGAUUCCUACACGCUCUACAUCGCAACGAGUCGCGGCGUGGCCGACGAAACAGAUCAUGAAUAUUCCGAUCAAUUUCUAGCUGUUUUUCACGAAAUUUUUGACGCUCAGAAGUAUUUGUUGGCCGCAGGGCAGCAGGUGGUCGCAUACCAGGAUGCGAUAAAAGUCAUGAACUGCAUUGUCGAUCGGGUUUGGAAGCGGUUCCUCAAAAAAAUUGCCGUGUUGAGAGAAAGAUUCCUCGCGAACGGAGGGUUUGAAAAGCUAGAUGGCCUUGUUCGCGCCUGGUUGUCCUGGCGUGCAACGAAGAAGAAGGGUGGAGAGAGAUCCGCAGACAUUAUCGCCCUCUCUCCCCAUUAUACGGACGGGGAUAACCACGCGAUGUUCAGAAAAGUUUUCGAGGUUAUUCUCGAUGAAGAAUACGCUACACAAUCGUAUCAAAGCCGCGAACUGCGAGUUGAAUACUUCAUAGGCAUUACCAGCCUAUCCCGCGCUCUCUUCAAAUCAAGCUUCUUCCGAGAUGGGUGCCGUCGCGAUUUUCCCGAAGCAAAAUCGUCCUACUUCUUUCGCCAGACGGUCCGUCGUCUCUGGAGGGUACAGUUCUACUACUCCGGGGCAUUGUAUUUUGUCGGUCCUUGGAUGAAGAGUUGUCGGUCUGCCUUCGCAACGCAUGGGGGCUCGUUCUGCAGCAUCCUAUGGGUGGGAAGGACACUGCCAAAGACAGUUACCUUUCCAACUAGCCUACGCGAGACCCUCGCUUCUAUUCUCCGCCGUCAGUCGGUUAAAUUCUCGGAGAAUGACCUCGACAUGUGGUUUGAAGCAAGAAGUAUGCCGAUUGUCGACUCUGCUUGGAAGGAGGGAAGACCUCGAAUACUUCGUCCACACCCAGAGAUCCAGAUCAUGAAUUUUCUCCGUGGGUCGGACAUAUCGGUGAUUGGGAACACUGUUGGGUCGAGCAAGCGGAUGUGCGAGGUCUGCGCCCUCUACGCCGAAGUUUACGAGGAGAUUUCGAGCUGUGCGGUCAGUUUCGUGUUUACGCCCCGUUAUGUUCCAUCCACGAAAGUUACUAUCGACAACGACUGGAUGCUGCCAGCUCCUUCAGAAAAUGUGACCUUCCAGAAUGAGAUGAAUGCGGUUGUAGACCGGGUCAUUAACAAGUUUUCGAGUGAAGCUGACAGGUUGUUCGCUACAAAAUUCUUUAAUCACGUUCAUCCAAAUUCCAGCAUGGAACCUUGGCGUUAUCGUGAAAGGUUAUCACAAAAUUACUAGCACCCUUUCUUCGCGGAAUGUAAACGAAGUGCUCAGAUUUUAGGAAUGUAUCAAUUGAAUCCCAGGAUAUUAUCUAGACCGACCAGUUACUAGAAAGCGCAAAAUACUACACUGAGUAAUGUAUGGAAACAAGGUGGACAUUGUAUGGGUUUUCAAUGGAUACUAAUGAUAUAUGGCAGCUAGACAACCAUAUCUUACCGCCGUGAUCAUAAACUGAGGUGGCUACGUUUCCUCAGUUCCUGAAAAGGAGUAUCAGACUUUCUGUAGAAAUUCUCAUAAGUACAUGUAGUACUACUAGUGUUAGCGCAG